CUAUGACGGAUAAGAAAGAGGGAGCAGAGGAGGUGUGUGCAGUCUGCUUUGAAGGCUCCAGCUCUCAGGGUUUUUCUAACUCAUCCUGUGCAGGCCCUCAGCAGACAGGAGGAAACUCCGCAGACUCUUCCCCUUUUUCACGUCCUCAUCUCCAGACACCUCCUUUGCAUCUGCAGGUCAGAUGUCGAGCUCUCUUUGCGUCUAGUCUGAGCCUUCCCUGGAUUACAUCUGCCGUGUCUGCGCCGCCGUGCGUUAUUUCAGGGAAAUGAGGGCUGAGGUGCUGGCCGUCUGGGUCGGGCUGAGCCUUUGUUGGGCUCUGGUCGGCACCGAGGAAUCCCCAGGGAAGCAGCAGCUGUCUAGAGUGCAGGCUCAGGUGAGAGAACCCCGAGGACUGACCAGGCCCGGGAGAGAAGGUGACAGAGAGGACGCUGAAAUGUCAGACGAGCCGACCGAAGCUCCGGUGGAGGAGAAGGCCAAAGCAAAGAAAAAGAAAAGCCCUGAGGAAAUCGAGGCUGCCAGGGCAAAGAAGGCUGCAGAGAAGGAGGCUAAAGCAAAGAAGCAGAAAGGCCCAAAGCCCACCAAGAAGCCAAAAGCCCCGAAGCCCACCAAGAAACCAAAACCACCCAAGCCCACAAAGAAGCCAAAGCUGCCCAAAGCCACCAAGAAACCCAAGACGACAGUAACCACAGUGCAGCCGGAGAUCAGUCCUCCUCCUCUGCAGGAGGAAGUGGGCCUGGAAACAACAAUUCGACCCGAGAUUCCAACGGAGCCUGUUGAGCCGGACCUGGACAAAUUGCGUGCUGGAUACAAGAAGGAAGCCACAACCACCGAGGUCAUCAUGUACAUACCAGAGGAAACCACGUCUGUCCCUUUUGUUGGCCCUUGGUAUGAAGAGUAUGAUUACACUGACUUGGCCUCGGCAUUAGCAAAGAAACAAGAAGAGGAGGAGGAGAGAGCUCGUAAGGAAAAGGCAGAAAAAGCUGAGCGGCUGAGGAAACAGUGGGAGGAGGAAGAGGCAGAGAGACUGAAGAAGGCCGCUUUUCCUGCUGAGCCAAAAAAGUGCCCUCCUUUAGGCCUGGAGUCUCACCGGGUGGAGGACGACCAGCUGCUGGCUUCUUCUCAGUCCCAACACGGCUUCGCGGCUCAGAGGGGACGCCUCAACAUGCAGAGCUCUGAAAACGAGGACGACGUAUACGGAGGCGCAUGGUGUGCAGAGCCUGAGGAGAAGGAGCACUGGUUUCAGGUGGACGCUCGGCGAGAGGUGGAGUUCACUGGUGUCAUCACCCAAGGAAGGAACUCAGAGCAGCAUGAGGAUUUUGUCUCGUCCUACUUCGUGGCCUUCAGCAACGACAGCCGGGACUGGACAGUACUGCACGACGGCUAUGCUGAAUGGUUGUUCUAUGGGAACGUGGACAAGGAAACGCCUGUGAUGAGUCAGUUCGCCGCCCCCGUGGUGGCCCGUUACAUCCGGAUCCUGCCCCAGACCUGGAACGGCACCAUGUGCCUGAGAGCAGAAGUCCUGGCCUGUCAGCUGCCAAGCAGCUUCCACAGUGAGAAUGAGGUCAACGCAUCAGACGACCUGGACUUCAGACACCACAGCUACAAGGAGAUGAGACAGAUGAUGAAGGUGAUAAAUGAGGAGUGCCCCAACAUCACCAGGAUCUAUAACAUUGGGAAAAGCUCACAAGGCCUCAAGAUGUACGCCAUGGAGAUCUCGGACAACCCAGGAGAACACGAGACAGGCGAACCCGAGUUUCGCUACACAGCUGGUCUCCAUGGCAACGAGGCUCUGGGUCGGGAGCUUCUCCUGCUGUUGAUGCAGUUCCUGUGCAAGGAGUACAAAGACGAAAACCCGAGAGUGCGGCGCCUGGUAGACGGCGUGAGGAUCCACUUGGUGCCGUCCCUGAACCCGGAUGCCUACGAGCUGGCUUACGAGAUGGGCUCAGAGAUGGGAAAUUGGGCGCUGGGUCACUGGACGGAGGAAGGUUACGACAUCUUCCAAAACUUCCCUGAUCUGAACAGUGUCUUGUGGGGAGCUGAGGACAGGGGCUGGGUGCCUCGCAUAGUACCCAAUCAUCACAUUCCACUGCCAGAGAACUCCCUUGGUGGUUCUCUUGCAGCUGAGACUAAAGCUAUAAUUUCAUGGAUGGAGCGCAAUCCAUUUGUGCUCGGAGCCAACUUGCAAGGAGGAGAGAAGAUGGUGGUUUACCCUUUUGAUAUGCAGCGUCCUUCGAUUUCUUUAACUGACAGUCGGCGCUGGAGGGCGAACGCCGAGAUGAACGAAGAGACCUGGGCUCGGAUUCAGCGGCAGAAUGAAGGAGCACUCAGAGAGACUCCUGACGACGCCAUGUUUCGCUGGUUGGCAAUGUCGUAUGCGCACAGCCAUCUGACCAUGACCGAGACCUACCGGGGGUCCUGCCACGGUGACGAUGUCACAGGAGGGCAGGGGAUCGUUAACAGAGCCAGCUGGAAGCCAGUAGUGGGCAGCAUGAACGACUUCAGCUACCUCCACACCAACUGCUUCGAACUCUCAAUCUUCCUCGGAUGUGACAAGUUUCCUCAUGAGAGUGAGCUGCCACUAGAGUGGGAGAACAACCGCGAGGCUCUUCUUUCCUUCAUGGAACAGGUGAAUCGAGGAAUCAAAGGCAUAGUAAGAGAUAUGGAGGGAAAUCCGCUGCCUAAUGCCACUAUAUCCGUGGAGGGAAUCCGGCACGAUGUCAAGACUGCUGCGAGUGGGGAUUACUGGCGGCUGCUGAAUCCCGGCGAGUACAAGGUGACAGCCAAAGCUGACGGCCACACAUCCCAGACACGGCUGUGCAUGGUGGGCUACGACACCGGCGCCACCCCCUGCAGUUUCACCUUAGCCAAGUCCAACUGGGACCGCAUCAAGCAAAUUAUGGCGCUUAACGGGAAGAGGCCCAUUCGACUCGUCACCAAAACGAACGGCGUGAAGACGACGGCGUCGAGCACCACGGCGGAGCCCGCCCUCACGGGGAGGGAAGCUCAGGCCAACUCCCAGAAAGCUGAGCGACUCAGGCGGCUCAGGCUGAUGCGUUUGCGCAGACUACGUGAGAGGAGGCUCAGAGGCAGAGUUACGACCACCCCUGCAACAACGACAACAACGCCAACGACGACAACAACAACAACCACAACACAACCACCUGAAACCAAGAGCACAACCUCCUGGUACGACUCUUGGUUUCCUGUGAACAGCUGGACAGAGAACCCGUUUGACACCUUGAUAUUGGACUCAGCGCCUACACAGGAAUAUCAGUUUGAAUACACUAUUGACUAACCCAAAAUCAACACCUAUCUGCACAAGUCCUUCAUAACCACACACUAAAAACACAAACUACUACUACCGCUACUGCAGUCUUUCAAUUGUUUCGUUUUCAAAAAGCUUUUGAGAAGAGAGAUGCACCAAGAUAUGGACAGGUUUUACACCUAGACUGAGCCUGACCAGUGGCCAGCUGGCUGGAGACUUUAAACACAGCAUGUCUAAGAGCUAACGGGGCCAAAACACAGGGCUCCUUGCUGUAGAACGUUUUUAACGGAGGCAGGAGGACACAGAUGUAAGAAGCAGCAUUUUCUACAUUUUGAGACACGUUUGUGGUUGAUCAAGGCGGCAAGCGAUUGAGAGAGCAGGGCCACCUUCAGCAGACAACAGGAAGGCUGAACGCCUAGCAGAAAAGUUGCUCUGUUUUAUCCCUUUGAGUUUCCAGUCGUUGUCUGUCAUUGAACAUGCUGGAUUUGGGAAAGUUGGCAGGAAUUUGGAAAUCUCACCGUAAGAGGAUCUUAAUUAUCUAGGGCAGGGGUGUCAAACUCAAAAAAGUCCUCUCGGGAUGGCACCCUGCUACUUUUAGAUGUGCCACUGGUCCAACACAUCAGAACCAAAUGGAGGUGCUGCGUCUUCAGCGCACAGCCAAGUUUAGAUUUCUGGUAAUUACCUAAUUAUUUCCUUCAGAGUGCUGAAGCACAGAUGUCUUUAAGUGUUUCAGGACAGUAGAGUCUGACUCCAAGGUUCUAGGGACUACGACCGAAGGCAGAGGUUCACAGUUAAGCUAAUGCUAAUGGGGUAAUGCUGCAUUUCAUUUGCCUCGAAACUCAAAAUUAACCAGUCACAGAUUACGUCAUCUCUGCCUUUUUGCCUUUGUUUCCCUCUUGUCAGAUAGUAGGAAAAAACAUGUCAUUGUUAAAUGUACAAAUACAGCCAAUCUGAGCCUCAUAAUGUGUUUUAAAGUCACAUUUUAUUGCUAAAUAUUUGUCUCUUUUAAAGCCUAGCUGAACUGUCAACUGAACAUAAAACGUUAAACAAUAGGCGGUGAACCUUUAUCGCUCAUUUAGCCACCAUGGCUACUGAUGUUAGAACAAUGACAAUAAUGCUGUUCUAUGCAGUAUUUAUUGAACAAAGCUGAAACAUCUUGCCUAAACUUCUAGAAACAAUGCGAGGUUUUACUCAAUGUUGCGGUGAGUAGCAGCCAUCAUGGAUGCAGAAGUAGGAUAUGGUCCUGUCGCACCGGCCUUCAGAGUCGUAAUUACGACUUUAUAGACCGUUCCAGUUAGCUUGUCUGACUGCCGAGAACAAAUAUAAUGCAGUAUUAUCACUAAUCUAAGAGGCUGAAGAAAGUUUGAAUUGUGCUCUCUGUAAUCAGUUUGUUUUAAAGUUAUCAAAGUUUUGCAGACUCCUCUCUCACAUGCGGUGUGCCGGCGCUCAUUUAAGUAUUCAAUUAUCUCUCACAGUCCGAACACUAGAACAAUAUUUGGAAUGCUGCUCUUAUAUCUGCCCUUAUAGUUUUAGAGACAACUGGGAAUCAACUGAAUUUGUUAUUGGCAGGUCAAAGCUUUAAGACAUCAGAAACUGCAAAGCUAUUAUUGGUGCAUCUCUGUUUAGGAAUCAACUUCAUGGAUUUCUAGAUUUCCUUUUAAAUUAGCAUGGAGCCCACUGAAUAAAGAGCCUCUGCUGAGCAGAGAUUAUGGCCAGGUCUGCUGGCUUUGAGUCAAAUCACAGGAAUGUUUCCAUUACAAGGGCUUUCUUCAUAGGGAAACUUGUGCAUCUUUUUUAUCGUCUUCAUUUAAAGUGAUAUAUUGUACUGACUGAAUGCAAUAAAAUAAUACAAUUUAA